AUGCCUGAUAGUGCACGAAGAGAAGAAUCCUGGGCUUUGCUUCAACAUCUCCGUAUUUUCCAGCCUAUUCCUUGGCUUUGUGCUGGGGAUUUUAAUGAGAUUUUGGAGCAAAACGAAAAAUGUGGGGCAGCUAUUCGUCGUGAAUCUCAGAUGGAUGGUUUUCGACAAGCUUUGGUUACAUGUGGUUUAGGGGAUUUGGGUUAUGUUGGUCCUUGUUUUACGUGGAGUAAUGGUAGAGUUGAUAGUUUGUUUACAAAGGAGCGUUUGGAUAGAGCUCUUGCAAAUCGGGAAUGGUGUUCUAUAUUUCCUUAUGUCACAGUUCAUGUUCUUGCGGCUUCUUCUUCAGAUCACAAUCCUAUUCUAGUUCAUUUUAAUGAAUUUCAAGAGGAGCGGCAGACCUAUCGUAGGAGUUUCAAGUUUGAGUCAGCUUGGACCAGGGAUGAAGAUUAUUUACGGGUUUUGCAAUCUGGUUGGGAGGAGGAGAUUGGGAAUGAGGCUCCUGUUAGGGGGGUUCAACAAAGACUUUCAUCUUGUCAAACUCAGUUCUCAAGAUGGAGUAAGAAGAAGUUUGGUAGAGUGGGAGAAAUUCUUAAAAAGAAAAAACAGCAGCUCCUUCAUCUUCAAAGUCGUGCCCUGCCUUUUUUAGAUCCAGUCAACAAAACUCUUCAAGCUAAAAUUGAUGAGCUCUUGGCAAAUGAGGAUCUAUACUGGAAACAAAGAGCAAAACAGAAUUGGUACCAACAUGGGGACCGUAAUACUCAGUUCUUCCAUUCCUGGGCUAAUUCUUGGAGAAAGACUAAUACCAUUUGUAGGAUUUUUUAUGGAAAUGGUCGGGUGUGGAGGAAGAAAGAGGAAAUUAGUAUGUUAUUCCUUGACUAUUACAAAAUGCUUUCUUCUUCUUCUAAUCCAGUAGGUAUUGAGGGCUGUUUGAAUUCUAUAGAGUGUAGGGUUUCAAAUUCUAUGAACCAAAGAUUACUUCGGCCUUUUACUGAGGAUGAGGUCCGGUUUGCUCUUUUCCAAAUGCAUCCUCUAAAAUCUCCGGGACCGGAUGACUUUUCAGCGGACUUUUACCAAAAAUCUUGGGAAGUAGUAAGGAAGGAGGUGUCAAGGGCUGUUCUUAAUGUUCUUAAUGGAGGGUCAUUUGAUGCUGGUCUUAAUUCUACUAAUAUUUGUUUAGUUCCUAAGGUGGCUGCCCCAUCCUAUGUGACUGAAUUCCGGCCUAUUAGUCUUUGUAAUGUAAUUUAUAAGAUCAUUUCAAAGGCUAUUGCUAACCGAUUGAAAAUUGUGUUGCCUACCAUUAUCUCUCAAGAACAAAGUGCUUUCCUUCCGGGUAGAUUAAUUACGGAUAAUAUUUUGGUGGCUUUUGAGGCAUUGCACACUAUGGAUACUCGGUUGAAGGGACGUGAGGGUUUUAUGGCGAUGAAACUUGAUAUGAGUAAGGCCUAUGAUAGGCUUGAGUGGGAUUUUUUGGAGGCAAUGAUGAGAAAACUAGUUCCUACUCGUGGUAUUCGUCAAGGUGAUCCCCCCUCACCUUAUUUCUUUAUAAUUUGUGCGGAGGCUAUGAGUUCAAUGUUGCAGAAUUUAGCAAGGGUAGGAGCUAUUACGGGAGUUCCAAUUGUCCGAGGGAGAUCCCGUGUUUCAACUUUUAAUGGUAUUAAGGGUCGUAUUUGGAAUCGAAUUAAUGGUUGGAAGGAGAAAUUUCUUUCUCAUGUUGGGAAGGAAAUUCUCCUAAAAUCUGUCAUUCAAGCAAUACCAACUUAUACUAUGAGUGUUUUUUGGCUCCCAAAGACUCUUUGUAGAGAGAUAAAUAUGAUGAUGGGAAAAUUUUGGUGGGGUUUUAAGGAUAAUCAUUUAAAGAUUCCAUGGAUGUCUUGGAGUGGAUUAAGGAGGAAGAAAUCCGUUGGAGGUUUGGGGUAUCGAGAUUUGGAAAGUUUUAAUUCUGCUCUUCUUGCAAAACAAGGUUGGCGUUUUACAAAGUUUCCAACAACUUUGGUAGCCAGAGUUUUUAAGGAAAAGUACUUUCGAGAUGGGGAUUUUUUGAGUUCUAAUUUGGGCAAUAGACCUUCUUAUGCUUGGAGAAGUACGUGGGGUUCUAAACCUUUGCUUAAUGAGGGGCUGUUAUGGAGAAUUGGAGAUGGUUCAAACAUAAAAAUUUUGGGGGAUAAAUGGAUUCCUACUACCUAUUCACACGAAAUUCAAGUUCAUUCACAGGAAAUACAAACAACAUCAACAGUUAGUGAAUUAAUCAAUAUGGAAACUAAUUGGUGGAAUAUAUUUCUCAUUGAGUAUCUUUUUCAACCUGAUAUUGCUGAACAUAUCUACAAUAUUGCUAUCAGUCCUAGAACUAUGCAUGAUAGGUUGAUUUGGGGAGGUACUGCUAAUGGAGAGUUUGCAGUUAGAAGUGCUUACCAUAUGGAGCUUGAUCGUAGAGAUAGUCUCACUGGUAGUAGUUCAGAUGUGGGUACCAAUUUACCACUGUGGAAUUCUCUUUGGCAGCUUCAAAUCCCACGGACGGCUAUUCUCUUUUUAUGGAGAGCUUGCAACGAGAUUCUGCCAACUAAGGUUAAUCUUUGUCGGCAUCGUGUAGUUGAGGAUCGUUUUUGUCCGAUGUGUGGAUUGGAGGCUGAAACAACAGUUUACGCUAUCUGGAAUUGCUCAGCUGCACAGGCGGUUUGGACUGAAUGUCCUGCUCGAGUUCAAAAAUGUAGUGUCAGGGAGGGAGGUUUUUUGGCUUGCUUUGGUUUUUUGAGUUCUAGAUUGUUGAAGGAAGAACUGGAGAUGCUAGUAAUGGUAGCCCAGAGAGUCUGGUUCAGAAGGAACAGAAAGGUUUUUGAAGACGAGCUUUGGGUACGUCCGCCUCUGGGAUUUAUUAAGUUAAAUUGGGAUUCGGCUUUAGCCCGUGGAAAACAGUUGAUGGGAGUGGGAGUAAUAGCUCGAGAUUCAGAAGGUCAAGUAGUGGCGUCCAUGUGUACAGUUCAACACUAUAUCUCUGAUUCAGUAAUUGCGGAAGCUUCAACCAUUGCUACCCUUGAGUUUGGUAAGUUUUUGAAUUUACAAUCGAUUUUUCUGGAGGGAGAUCCGCUUGAGAUCACUACUGCCUUGGGUCGUCUGGAUGAUGAUUCUAGUAAAUAUGGCAAUUUAAUUAUGGAUGCUAGAAGGAUGUUUAGAGGUUUCCGUUCAUGGAAUAUUUCUCAUGUUAGACGAGAUGGCAAUAUGGUUGCACACUCUCUUGCAAAGUUUGUUAUCUCUUUAAAGCAAACUAGAGUGUGGUUUUAG